AUGACUAACUAUUCUACCCUCUUCUACGUUUUAUUUGAAAAAUCAGCUAAAUCCUGCACUGGAAACUCAAAUAUUACCAAAUUUAGCCCUACCGUCUGGCAAGACUGCCCAGAUCCAUGUCCUCCCACAUGCACCAGUUUACUGCAGCCACGGUCUGCUGAGGAAUGCAGCCUCAAGGCCAUUGCUCCGCUACAGGCGGGAGCAUGUGUUUGCCCACCUGGACUAGUUGAAUACCGCGGACGUUGUAUGGAAGCGCAGGAUUGUCCGUGUCGGUACCGCGGCCAGGAGUACGAAGCAGGAGCCGAAAUUCGGGUGGAUUGCAACACCUGGUAA